AUGGUCAAAUUUGUCAUGCAGCACAUCGAGCAACACAAUCUUCGAACGGGCUGCAGCUUUCAACACUACAGCACGUCCCAGCUUCGUUCACUGGCUACUGCAAUUUUGGCGGGACACUGGAGCGUCGUGAAGUUUGUGCUCGGGUUCGACACCUCCUGUAUGGACUUGGUGGCAGCGUUUGCAGCAGCAGUUGACGUUGGCCCGCCAGGCCUUGCAGACAGGAUUCUAGGCAUCUACCUCGACACCGCGGAAGAUAAGUCGAUGCUGGCCCGGUUGGCAAGUGAAGAAGGGUCUGUCAAUGCUGUCAAAUGUCUCUUCAACCAUGGGCACAACCAGCCUGACUCGAUCAGCAAGGUUAUCGAAACUGCGGCCCAAUACGGACAUACUGACACCAUGGAGUUUCUAUUUGGUACCGGUUUAGUAUCUUCGGACGCAUUUGACCGAGCUUUUGAGGGCUCAAUCAGCAUGACGGGAACAGAAGUGCUCUGUUUUCUCUGCAGUAAGAGGUGCGCGUCCACGCAGUUGAUUAACCGAGUAUUUGAGGCAACGGGAAAAUUCAAAAUGGUCCAGUAUCUUUACGAAAACGAGGAGAUUUCAGGUGAGGCUGUCAUCGCUGCGUUCAGGAAAUCUGCAACUAGUGGAAAGCAUUGGUAUUUGCUGGACGAGGCUGCGAUUAUGAAUCUAUUGCACGCAGACGAUCGUAUCCCAGCCAAGCGUCAAGCGCACCCGGGUAUCCAUACUGAUGAACCUAACGCGUGUUGUACCUACGAGCGGUUCCGAGGCGCGAGAUUCCCAUCCAAAAUACAGGCACUCACUCACGUUCUGGAUCAAAUUGACGCCUUGCUCAUGACACGUGAAGAGGCUGUUAUGGAAGCCGCGAGAUCGGGUCGGGUGUCAUGGCUGAGGCAGCUGAUACAUGGUGAUGAUGAGAGCAGUAAUAAGCACCGAGGGCUCUGGUGGUCGCUGCUACUAACGGCUGUGUGGACCUGGAGGGUCUUAGAUAUCGCUACUGCUAGGGGGAAUCUUGACGCGGUCAGACUCGUGGUGCAGCAUUGCGAGGAACACAAUUUUCAAGAAUACUACGGCUACGGCCAACUGAAGCUUCAGUCACUGGAAUACGCAAUUUGGAAGGGGCACUCGAGCGUCGUGGAGUUUGUGCUUGGACUCAACAAGUCGUGGUGGGACUUGGCGGGGGCUUUUGCUGUGGCUGUUAACAUUGGCCAGCGAGCUCUCGCCGAUCGAAUUAUUAACGUCUACCACCAAACCGCGGAGAAUAAACCUUUUCUGGUUGUGCUGGCACGUCAGGAAGAUUGUGUCAAUGCCGUGAGGUAUCUGUACAACCAUGGACACAACCAGCCCAGUCUGGUCAGCGAAGCGUUCGAAAAGGCCGCCAAUUACAGGCGUAUCGACACGAUGGGGGUUUUAUUCGGUACCGGGUCGGUCUCCUCUGACGCGUUCGACCGCGCUCUGGAGGGAUCAGCAAAGAUGUUGGACAGUGAACGGCUGGGGUUUCUCUGUAGUAAGAAGCGCGCGUCCCCGCAGUUGAUCAACCGAGCAUUUGAGACUUCAAACGAGCUCGAAAAGGUGAGAUAUCUGUACGAAAACGAGAACAUCUCGAAAGAGGCCGUCGUAGCCGUCUUCAGAAAGGCGGCUAAGUGCACGGAGCGUCUCGAUUUUCUCGGUAGCAAUGAAGAUGUUGCGACUGUGAAGUUACUGUACACGGACGAUCGCAUUCCGGCUGAGAUCAUUGGCGAGGCGCUGGCCUUAGUAGUCAAGGGGAACCACUUGGAGCUAGUGAAAGCGCUACUGCGGGACGAUACGCAGAUUUCUGUCGAGAUGAUUCGAGACUCUCUCAUCUCCGCUUACGUCUAUGAUGUGGCGAAAGCGCUCCAAAAUUCUUGUUCUGCACGGAGCUUGAAUAUCUACGAGUCUGGCCAAUGGCAUUUACGGACAACAAUCUUCUCGAAGCGCUGA